AUGGCACCUGUCAACGUCGUGAUUGUUGGGGCUGGAAUUGCCGGUCUCGUCAUUGCCCACUCGUUGCUCCAAGGGGUUCCUGAUGCCAAGAUCGUCCUGGUCAACCCUUCCCAGACGUUCUACUGGAACAUUGCCUCUCCACGCAUCCUCGCCAAACCCAAGGCCUUCAAGCCCGAGCAGUACUUACUUCCAAUCAAGGAAGCCUUCGCACAAUACUCAACCAAUGCCUUCGAAUUUGUCGCAGGAACUGCAACCGCCAUCAACGUCGCAGCAAAGACUGUGGCCAUCACGCUCAAUGGCAGCGGUGAAUCCAAGGAUUUGUCUUACGAUCAUCUCGUGAUCGCAUCCGGAAGCACCAACCCGUCCGCCACCGGUGCAGUCACCGGAACCUCGAUCCCUUUCAAGCCAUCCAACCGGGAUGAUAUAAAACAGAUUGUCGAGGCCGCUCAACAGCAGAUCGCUAAUGCCAAGGAGAUCGUGAUUGGUGGUGCCGGUCCAGUUGGUGUCGAGUUAGCGGGUGAGCUUGCUGAGAGCCUUGGUAGCAAAGCAACAGUCACCUUGAUCUCUUCUGCAGACCGUGUGCUCCCUAUGAUCAAGCCCUCUGCUAGCGCUGUGGGUGCGAAGAAGCUCCAGGAGAAGAAUGUCAAGAUCAUUACCUCUGCCAAGGUGACUGGUGCCGAUGCCUCGACCGAUGGUACCAAGUCCUGGACUGUCACUCUGGACAAUGGAAAGAAAUUGUCGGCCGACGUGUACAUUCCCACGACGGGCGCCAUCCCGAACAGCAGCUUUAUCCCUGCCGAAUUCCUCGACAGCAAUGGUUGGGUCAAGGUCGACAAGGAGCUGCGCGUACAGUCCUCCGGCGGCUCUGCUCUGCCCAUCUAUGCCGUCGGCGACAUCAACACCAACAACAUGCGUCUUAGCUUCAAGGCUACCGAACAGGCGAGGGUUGCCGUUGCCAACAUCAAGGCAGAUAUCUUGGGCAAGGGCGAGCGCAAGUCCUUCGAUCAGGGUGAUAGCGUCAUGAUGAUGGUGCCUGUCGGGGAGGCUGGCGGCACCGGUCAACUCUUUGGAAUGACACCGUUCAGCUUCAUGGUGAAGAUGGUCAAAGGCAAGGACUACUUUGUGUCCAAGGCGCCACAGUACCUAGCCGGCAAGGCUUAA